AUGUGGGACAAAGAGUUAUAUAGAGCUGUGAGAAUUCUUGCAAAAAGUCCCACAUUUGCUAGAAAUCCAAGGCACAUUCAAUUUGAGGCUGAUAUAAAUCGCCUCUUUCUUUACACCAGCUAUAAUUGUUUAGGAAGGAAUGCUGAUGAAUCAGAUGCAGAGGCGAUCAUUGAUAUGGCUGGUAAGGCCUCCCUUGCUGAUCAACAAAAACAAGUUCAAGAAAACAUUUAUUCUCAAAUUAAAACCUUCUGUGCAUCAAUGGAUGAAAUUCUUCUUCCUGAUUCAAAGAGCAUAAAUGAAUCAUCUGAAUCAACUUCGCAAAGGAAUACUGCUGUGACCCGUAGUGGCCUUGGCCUUGCUGUUGGAAGGAUGAGCCCACAAAAUAAAAGUUCUGUUGAGUACGUAUCUGCAUCUUUAUUUCAAACUGUCAGAAAUUUGUUUUUAUCAACUCCGGGACAUUUUAAAUUUCACUUUAUUAGUGUUUGGAAUUACUACAGCUUUUUACUGUAUUUGAGCUAACACUGAGUUUGCUUAAAUUUACCCACUUCCUGAUUUGUAAAAUUUAUCUUAGAAUAUUUAUUGUUAUCUUAUAGAACGAAUAGAUAGUUUACUGAAACCAUCUAAGACAUUGUUUAUUUUUUUUUAUUUCUUAUUUUUCUUUCGUAGUUUUGUGUUAUUGAUUUAAAUUGAAUUUAUUUGGCAUCUGGAAAAAAAAAAGUGAGUGAACUGCGAAUAAAUUGGUUCCUUUAAGUGCUCCUUGCCGAAACUAUAUAGUGGCAAGUCAUGAAAAAUCAUCUUAUUAUGGGCAAUAUAGGUAGUACACAAUGCAUAAUAACAUAGUUAUUAUGAACAAUAACUAUGGUCUUGUUGCAUAAGUAACUUGACAUGGAAGAGCUUGACAGGUCUAGGUAUGUGAAUCCUAGUAGUCAACUAUGGCAAAACUAUGAGAUCAUUCUUAGAAAUCUAAGCUUGUUGACAAAAGAUCUUGACUUGUGCUUAAUGCCUUAUCCCAUCUCACUUCCCCAUUACCGUUGACAUUUGGCACUAUCAAAAGCAAGGCCUCCAAUCUGGCUUUCACCUCUGCUGUUCCCAGCAAUACUAUAACAAUCACAUCUCUCAGAUAACAUCUCUUUCCUUGUAUUUUCACUAUAUCAAUCAUGACUAUAUUCAGGGGAAAAAAGAAGAAAAAAGAAAAGAAAAAGAAAAAGAGAACAAGUUAGUGACUGUGAAAAAUGAUUAGAGGUAUGUGGGAACUAGGAAAGAAG